AUGGGAGAAGGCGCACCAGCCCAAGUAAACCAUCGCCGCGUGGCACCAGAGAUGGAGCUACAGAUCCUCCUUCCGUGGUAUAUCCCUCGGCUUAGCAGUGCACUUGAGGAAGGAGGUUUGGUGCUUCCCGCGGAUGUAAACAUUAUGGAUUUAGCACGGGCCAUUCUGCUCAAUCUUUUAAGACACGACGCUCCUUUCCCUCAGCGCAAGCGGUUAGAGGCACUGAUAAAUGAGGCGAUUGAAUUGGUAUAUAAUUGUCCUCCCCCAUUUUAUCUACUCCCAAGGAAUGCCAAGACAGAGCUCAAUCUGCUUGCAGAUGAAGUAAGACAGAUUAUUUCUGCCGGUGUGCGCAGCAAAAACCCUGCGUUUGGACGCUUCAAGGUGCUUGGUCCGGCAAAGACCCAACAGGCACUCUCAAGGGCGGUAUCAACCACAUACUUGGAGUACGAGCAGGCGAUCACUAGCAAGGCCAAAGAUCCUACAGCCUCCAUUUCAGAUAGAUUGUCAGAGGCCUCACGCUCAUUCAAGGGCUUUCGAGCAUACCUCAAAGAAAACCUAUACGCUACCCUCAAGCGGGAUGACAUAGCUUUCUCUACCCUCACAGAUAAUAAUUCACAUUUGUUCGGAGGUCGCUAA